ACAUUUCCAACUGGGCUGAGUAAGAAGGAGAAGAACUAUGGCUAACAGUGUGUUCUGGGCCAUUGCCGUAGCCCUGGUUCUGGGGGCUGAAGCCUACAUGCCACUUGAUUAUCGAUGUGGUGUAAAGCCAAAGUCAAGAGACAAUUGUGGUCCCCCCGGCAUAAGUCCAGAUGAAUGUGUAAAGAAAGGAUGCUGCUUUGAUGACAGUGAUCCAGACAGUAUUUGGUGUUACACUCCAUGGAAAUUUGAAGACACCAUAUGCAACCCAGCGGAACCAAAGGCCAGAGUAAACUGUGGCUACCCCGGAAUUACUUCUCAGGAUUGUGACAAGAAAGGAUGUUGCUUCAAUGACACCAUUCCUAAUGUUGUGUGGUGUUAUCAGCCUAUCAUAGAAGCAGUGGAACGUGACUGCUCUGCAGUAGAACCCAAGAAAAGAGUAAACUGUGGACCACCAGGAGUGAGCCCAGAUGAAUGUAUAAAGAAUGGCUGCUGCUUUAAUUCUGAUGUGGGUGGUGUACCAUGGUGCUUCAAGCCAGAAAUUAAGAAAGAGCUUCUGCAAUGUGCUGUCCUACCAAAAGCAAGGAUAAACUGUGGCUACCCCGAUAUCACAAUGGACCAAUGCUACAAGAAAGGAUGCUGCUAUGAUUCAAGCGAGUCCGACUCAAUCUGGUGCUUCUAUCCAGAUAUUGAAGAUGUUACUAUCAUUGAAUAAACAUCCACAACUUAUCAUAUGACAGCUCGGUAGUAGAAACUCUUCACCACAACUUCCAAUCACCACAGUUUGUUUAAGUCCGGAAGAGUUCUCAUAGACAACUGUGCCCAUGAAAGACAAUAAAUAUUACUUUGAAAACUGC